CAAACUGACUUCUUCGGUGGUGGCUUCAUAAAUCUUCUCCACCGCGCGUUCCGUUCCGUAUCGGUUGAAGACGCUCGUGCCGGGCCUGCAGCAGUGAUGGCGAGCCGCCGCUCUUUGCACGCGCAGCUGGCCAUCGUCAUGGAGACCAUGGCCAGGUCCGCCCUGAGUCGAGUCUGCGAGCUGGUGGACGAAGACGUGGCCGAGCUCCGGCUCAGCUUGUCGCAGGUCCUGGUGGCUAAUUCCGCUCUGGCUGAGAAAGUGAACAGUCUGGAGUGCGAGUUGACGACCGUGAGAAGCGACGCUCCGGUGUCUGGGUCGCCCUCCAUUGAGGGGAUCUUUGGAAAAGAUUGGGCUAUGGAUCUGUGGAAAGACAGAGACUCACACAACCUGGAGAAACACUCCCCACCACAGUCCUCUGAGGAGCAGUCUGUGGCGACGCUGUUAAACCAGAUCACUGUGACUCAGAUCAAAGAGGAGGAGGAUUACGUGGAGGAUGCUGUCAGCAGCUACCAGCAGGAAACCCUUAGUCCAGAAGAACAUGACGAAAACACAGCUGAGGAACCAGAGCGGUCACCCGGUCACUCGGCCGGUGGCAGCACUUGCGGCCUGUCAUUUGAUCAGGAUGAAGAACCAACAAGUCAGCUGAUCUCCAUCAGUGACUCAGAGGAGGCCUUCAGCACUCAUACCAUUCCAAUUGAAGAGGGGGAGGAGGAGGAUGAUGGGGUACAAUUUGUGGAAGAAAUUCAACAAAUGCCGACAAUGCCUGCUGAAGGUGGACCCAGCCACAACAAACACGACACAUUACCUGCCAACAACUCUGAAGACAGCACUGCUCCGGAUUCCCUUGACGACUUUAAUACUCUUCAUGUUGAAACCGCCAGACACCCAAACAAAGACAAAUUCCCGUGUGAAAUGUGUGGCAUGACAUUCUUCCACAAGGGCACUCUAACGCACCACAUGAAGUGCCACAAGUCAAACUUUUGCAACAUCUGUAAGCAGCAGUUCCCUCACAGGUACAAGUUUAACUCGCACACCUGCUCGUUUCGAGUUUCCGCUCGGAGACUCAGUAAAUCGUGUCGGCUGUGCGGGAAGACCUUCGCAAACUUAUCAGCGCUGAGGAUUCACACUGUUGUCCACACAGGAGAGAAACCUCACCGGUGCUGCGUAUGUGGGAAAGGGUUCACCCAGAAAGGCAAUCUGAAAUGUCACCUGCGCAGCCACAGCGGAGAGAAACCGUUCUGCUGUGUUAAAUGUGGGAAGACAUUCACGCGAAAGGUCAACCUCAAACAUCAUUUAAUGGCACACAGAAAACAAUAGCUGUAUUUAUCUGAAGCAUCAUGUGCCACUUCCCAGUAGUCUAAGAGCAGUUCAUUGAAAGACUUGUGCACGCUUGUGAAGUCUAGUUUUUGUUUUCUGUCCUUACAAUAAAACAUGAAUGUUUUUUUCUGAUUAAACUUUUAUUUGAUAGAAGUC